CAAGUGUAGGCUCGAGUUUUUUCUAACUUAAGUUUUUGGGAAAAAAUGAGAGACGAACUCGAUUUGAUCGUUUUCGGAUUUGGAAACUUUUUGUUGUUUCUUCGAUUUCGUUUGUUGUUUGAUCGAGAGAGGUAAGUAUCUGCUUUGAUGGUGGAAGCUACGUCGAAUAUGACGCCGUCGCAAAGAUACGCGGCGAGCGCAUUGUUUGCGAUCGCGCUUAACCAAGCGCAGAUCAGCCAGACUAGGCCACUCGAAAUCCCGGCCACCACAGACCACGACGGAGAGCCAAUUAGCAGCGACGGUGAUACUAUCUCCGAUCUCUGGGUUCACGAAGUUUCCGGCCUUCUCCGACCCGUUUUCAGAUGUCUUCAGAUUGAUUCAUCAGCUUGGCAUGGCCUUGAAGAGAUAGCUGCUUCUUCUCAGGCUAAGGAUCAUAUCGGUGCGUUCAUCAAAUUACUGUCAGAGGAUGCGAGUAAUGAUGAUGAUGAUGAUGAUGAUGAUGAUGAUGAUUCUAGUGAAAUGGUGGAGAAAGAGACGGCCUUAGCUAAAGCUGCUGAUGCCAUGGUUCAAAACAUUCGAAGCAGCACUGUAUCUGUGGAAGCUAAGAUGGAGAAACAUGUGGAAUAUGAAAACGAAUGCCGUGAGAAGUAUUCUGUUCCCGAGGCACAGUCUGGUGCUGCGGUCAAGGAAAACGACAGUCAUGGGGAGGAUGAAGUUAGAGAUGGAGGUCACAAUCAUGGGACUGUUGAACAUGAGAAACCUGUUGAGGAAGUAGCACUGCUUAGCCAUGAGAGGAAGAUUAAUGUUCUUUACGAGCUACUUUCUGCAUGCUUGGCAGAUAAAUAUGAGGAGAAUGAGAAAUGUACAAAGACUAGGAAAGGCUAUGAUGCGCGCCAUCAUGUUGCUCUGCGGUUACUUGCGACUUGGUUUGACUUUCAGUGGAUUAAAAUGGAAGCAGUUGAGACAAUGUCUGCAUGCUCUGCCAUGGCAUUGCAACAGUCAAGUGGAAAUAAGGAAGAAGAGUCUCUGUCACCAAAUACUGAAUGGGCUAAAUGGAAGCGGGGAGGCAUUGUUGGAGCGGCUGCUUUAACAGGGGGUGCUUUGAUGGCCAUCACUGGUGGAUUGGCUGCUCCAGCAAUUGCUGCAGGGUUUGGUUCAUUGGCACCAACACUAGGCACGAUAGUUCCGGUAAUUGGAGCCAGUGGGUUUGCUGCAGCUGCUGAGGCUGCCGGAACUGUUGCUGGUUCUGUUGCUGUUGCGGCAUCUUUUGGAGCUGCUGGAGCUGGGCUCACAGGAACUAAGAUGGCUAGGAGAACUGGGGAUAUUGAGGAGUUUGAAUUUAAAGCUAUUGGAGAAAAUCAUAAUCAAGGACGGUUAGCAGUGGAGAUCUUAGUUGCUGGCUUUGUUUUAAAGGAAGAAGAUUUUGUAAAACCAUGGGAAGGGUUAACUAGUAACUUGGAAAGGUACACAGUGCAAUGGGAAUCCAAGAACGUUAUUGCAGUGAGUACUGCAAUUCAGGAUUGGCUUACUUCAAGAGUUGCUAUGGAGUUGAUGAGACAAGGGGCGAUGCACACUGUACUAAAUUCGCUUCUAGCAGCUAUGGCAUGGCCGGCAACACUCCUUGUAGCUGCUGAUUUCAUAGAUAGUAAAUGGAGUAUUGCUAUUGACAGGUCAGACAAAGCAGGAAAGCUUCUUGCUGAAGCCCUUCGAAAAGGGUUGCAAGGAAAUAGACCUGUGACUCUCGUUGGUUUUUCGCUUGGUGCGCGUGUAAUCUUUAAGUGCCUCCAAACUCUGGCAGAGACUGAAAAGAAUGCUGAAAUUGUGGAAAGAGUUGUUCUUCUUGGAGCACCAAUUUCAAUCAAGAAUGAGAACUGGCCGGACAUAAGAAAGAUGGUCGCUGGAAGAUUCAUUAAUGUUUACGCCACAAAUGAUUGGACCCUCGGAGUUGCCUUUCGUGCAAGUCUGUUGUCCCAAGGGUUAGCUGGAAUCCAACCGGUCUGUAUCCCAGGGAUCGAGGAUGUGGAUGUAACAGAUAUGGUGGAAGGUCACUCAUCGUACCUAUGGAAAACUCAACAAAUCCUAGAAAGACUCGAACUCGAUAACUCGUACCCCGUCUUUCGAAACACUCUCUAAGUAAACCCAAAAGUUAUGAUUAGGACCAUUUUAAUCCAGAUUCAGAGACCAGGUAAAAGUCUGAAUCAGGCUAACGAAACACCUAUUCUCCCUUCUUGUCGAAAACAUACACUUUCACAUCCAACAUUUCCACUAUUUUGCAUAGAAACCUUACAGGAUCUAAUUUUUUUACCCGGAAAAGGUCAGAGUAACUCUGUUGACAUUGUAAAGGAUUGCUCUAUGAUUGAACUUUCAUCACACCUUUGUAGUUAGCUGAACGUCUUCGUCUUGUCAUUUCAAACCAUUUACCUUAUUCGGGUCAUAGAGAAAACGAUCAGUAAUCAAAUGGUUUCAUCUUGAUA